AUGUAAGUCAAAACAUUUUGAUGUAUUAAAAAGUAAGAAAAAAAUGAAGUGAAGUCAAAGUAAUACCCGGAAUAAUAAAAUGUUUUGACUUUUUCUUGGUAAUUUCAUAGAAAUCCUCUAGAAGAAAUCAAGAAACAACAGCAAUUCAACAAGACAACUAUGCGAUAGCAGCUUCUAUUCAUUCAGACAAGAAAACGGUCAAUCGCUGCAACCUGAAAAUUGUUGGUCUUCCUUCAUAUCUUCCAAAUUUUUGGGUUGUGGAUUUAUUUGCAAUUUAUUUUCUGGGAAAGUUUGAAUUUAUGUCUGAAUUUGUUGAAUGAGGAUGCAAAUUAUGUCAUACGAUUUGGAAAGCCUUCUGAAGAUCACUUAUGUUGUUUUUGCUUUCUGUUCUGCCCUUUUUCUUGGAGCUCUUAAAGGAUUGCUGGUGGGUCCAAUUGCUGGUCUAAUAUUGAUUGUAGGAAAUGUUGGAGUUAUUCUAGGCUUAUUCCCUGUACAUCUUGCUUGGACAGUUUACACCAUUGUGAAAACAAUAAGGUUUGAUAUACCACUCAAGAUAGCAAUUUUGUUGAGUUUGCCAGCACUUGCUGCUCUUUGGUUGGGUCUGAGCAUAGCAGGAAGUGUUAUUGUAGGUGUGGGAUAUGGUUUUUUCACUCCUUGGGUUUCUGCUUUUGAAGCCUUCAGGCAAGAGGAUGAAAUUAAGAAAUUUUUGCAUUGUAUAGUGGAUGGGACAUGGGAUACUAUCAAAGGAAGCUGUACGGUUGUUCGGGAUUUUGCAGAUGUCUGCAUUCAUUCAUACCCGGUUUACUUGAAGGAAAUUCGUGAAUCGACAAGCUCAGAUGAGCCUCAUACUCUUAGAUUUAUUCAUGUACCGGCAAUCAUUAUUAUUGGUUUGCUAGGUUUAGCUGUUGAUGUCCCUUCUUUCACUAUUAUCGCCAUAAUAAAGAGCCCUUUACUGUUAGUCAAGGGAUGGCAGCGUCUAACAUAUGAUCUUAUUAGCCGUCAAGGGCCUUUUCUAGAAACAGCUUGUAUCCCGAUUGCUGGUUUGACAAUCCUCUUGUGGCCCUUGUUUGUUAUUGGAACUGUUGCUUUUGCAAUCUUUGCAAGCAUAUUUGUGGGCUUGUACGGUUCUAUUAUCGUGUAUCAGGAAAGAUCUUUUCGUAGAGGCAUUGCUUAUGUAUUUGCAAUGGUUGCCGAAUUUGAUGAGUACACUAACGAUUGGCUUUACCUGAGAGAAGGGACUAUACUUCCAAAGCCCCGUUACAGAAAAAAGAAAGCUUCGUACUCGUCAGAACUUACUGUUAGUCAAAAUCGCGUUCGUAGUGAAAGGUUCAAUGCUACGUCCUUGGAACCACCACCUACAAUGCUUAUACCGAGCUUAGGACCUUCUAGAUCAGUCAGGGAGACAAUACAGGAAGUGAAGAUGGUUCAGGUGUGGGGAAACAUGAUGCGUACCUGUGAAAUAAAAGGCAGAGAACUUCUUGAUGCUAAUGUUUUAACUCGGGCUGAUCUCUUCGAAUGGUUGAAGGCAAAGAACAGCCAUGAAGCACCCAUCGUAGGAGCCGGUCUUCCUAGUUAUGCAGCUUUGUACACUAUUAUGCGCUCCAUUCAAGCUGGGGUAGAUGGUAUACUGCUGCUCGACAAUCUGAUCGUCACCCACGAGAACAGACCGCAAGAUAGACUAUUAGAUUGGUUUUUCCAACCUUUAUUGGUGUUAAAAGAGCAGAUUAGAAUGUUAAAAUUGAGUGAUAAUGAAAUGUUAUAUUUAGAGAAGGUCAGCCUUUUUGGAUUGAAUCCUGAGAGGAUGCAGCUCUGGAAAAACGAUUGUAUGACUCCUCAAGAGCCUCUCCGAGCAGCUCAAAUUCAAGGCAUUAGCCGAAGGAUGACAGGAAUGUGUAGGAGCAUGUCAAAACUACCCACAUACAGGAGAAGAUACCGUCAUCUGGUGAAGGAUUUGCUUGCUUAUCAAUCGGAAAAGGAUGGCGUCUCAAUCAAGUACGAGUCUGUAAGAUCCGUUUCUUUGGUGGAAAACGUCUAGGAUUGCGGAUUUCCCUUCUUUUCGUAAUUGUAUAUAAUGUUUUACUUUAAAAACAAACAAGAUACUAAUUAAUAUAGGUAGGAAUUUUUUGAUUAAGGUCCAGUUUUGGUACUUGCAUCUGAGAAAUUCUAGCUCAUUUUGUGUACAGCCAAAGUUACAUGUAUGAAGUAUCAAAUUUGUAGGUUGAGAUUAUUAUGAGAAGGAACUUGUUUUUCCAAACUUUUUGUGGAGAGAAUAGUUUUUGCUACUCCAUUG